AUGAAAAGCAACAUAUUUAGGAACUUACUAUCCAAUCCAAAGUCUCAGAUAAUUAUGUCAAUCGAGUCAGAGCUGUCUGUCCAGCUUGUGUCCACUCCUUCUUCGUCAGCAUCGUAUGACGCAAGGCAGAGAUGCUCAAGGUUUGAGCUCAACCUAGCUAACUCCAUAUCUUGCGAGAGGCGACGUCUUGGCACAGGGUGUUCGAUCCUGGGUUGUACGCAGCUCUCUUCCAAAGCCGUGCUACCGUUUGCCAGUUACAGGCAAACUGCGCCGCAACAUUGCGAAAAGAGCCGUAGGGAAGCUUACCAUCUCUCGCGACAAGAGUGAGGAGAUGGUGGCAGACGUCUGUGCGCUGCUGCGGAGUGAGAUUGGGUUUUGUAGCAACAGAUUGUGGCAUGACGUGAA